GAAAAGUAACGUGUUCCAAACAAUGUCUUGCCACAGCGACAGUGACCAAACACCUCGAAUGCACAAAAUUUGCCUCACAACAGUUUCUAUUUUUAACUGAUUAUAACUUAAGAGAAAUACGUCUGAGUCCUGCAAUGUCUCCGUUUUUUGGUUCAUAAUCAACCGCACAUACAUCCGGUGACUUUGAAUUGACCCAAAAUCUAUAUCAAAGACAGGGCGGGGGAAAAAAAGGAUAAACCAUGUUUUAAAAUUUCUCUUGGCACAAACUGCUCGAGCUGGAAAAAGGUUGAGUUUUUCUAAAGUGUGUGACUGACAUCCAGUGGAGGACACUGAUAAUAACAGAUAAGGCUUUUAUCACUGUGUAACCAAAAUACUGUACCAUGUAAAUGAUCAGUCAUAAUAAAGCUUAUAAAUGUCACCAAUGAAAAGAAAUUAAAGCGAUACCAUCUUGAAGUUAUAUUGCAUUAUAUACAUAUAUAGUGCUUAACAAAUGUGUUCGACUACCACCAAUGUAAAGUUUAUGUCACAGCUGCCCGCAAGUAACAGCAUUGAUAAUCAUAAAAAUCAUUUUUGUUGUUUCUGUAAUGGUUAAUGAACGAGUACAUGUACAAGCUAUAUUUGUAAUGCUUGAACACAAUUGUUAUUGUUAUCCAUGAAUAUUGAAAUUUACCUUUAGUCAAGCACAUUAUUAUUUCUUGAUUGAAUACGUUAUUUAUUUGCAUUCAUGAACAGCAAUAAUGGUUUUAGUGGUUAAAUGUUGAGUAAUUGAGAAGAAAAUUUUAAGUUUCAGACAAGUUUUUGAAAGAUUUCUAAAUGUUUUUAUGACACGUGGUCUAAUGAAUUUGUUCAUUAUAUAUAUACAUUUCAAAGAAACGUCAAGGGAUCAUCAAGGGAGACAGUGUGGUUGAACGUGAAGAAGACGAUGACGUGUCACGCCGCACUGUUGCUGCUGUUAAACUGUUGAGACCCUAAAUCACCUGCUAUUAUCAGCACCCUCUCACAGUGAAGUGACGCUGUAACUUGACCUUGGCUCUUAAUGGCUGUGUGUGUGUGUGACAAUAGUGCCCCCGUCCCACUGGCCUGUCUGCCCCCGCUGCUGUGGCUAUUUAUAAUGUCCAGACACAGUGCAGAGGUUAUUCAGAGGUGCCAGCAAAUGCAAGGUGACAGGCACAGAGGAACAAAGGAUGAUCACAUUUUCCUCUCGGUGAACGACAAUGGUGAAGAACAGAAAGAUGCCAGUGGGGCGUCACGAGCAUUGUGACAAGUGCUACAAUGCUCACUGUAGAGCCCCGAUGCAGAGUUCAGUUUCAUGCUUGGUUGUCAAAUGUCCCAAGAACUGCGGCUUCACCUUCCAUCUGUGCAAGCAAGACGAGCAUCAGCUUCUCUGUCCUAAUGAGACAGUCCCCUGCCUCAAUGUCAUCUACGGAUGCCCACUCUUGAUGCUGCGCCACAGACGGGCGAAGCACCUAGAGGUCUGUCCUGCCAGUGUAGUCUGCUGCUCCCAGGAGUGGAACCGCUGGCCUGUUUCUGAAAAGGAUCUGACCUUUUACAGAAAUGUCUCCGAAACCUGUCAGACUGCGCCGCACCUUGACGUUGCUGCGGCUCUGAGGGACCAAGAUGUGCUGUUUCGAUCCAUAAAAAUGAAGAAUAUUUUCCCCGAGCUGAUGAAGCAGGAGCCCGUCCUCCAGGAAAAGGUUUCCGAGGUUAACCGUGCUGCAGAGGAAACAGCCUGUUCUUCCGAUAGGAGCAGCACAGAGACAGAAGAAAAUGAAGUCAUCCAAGAGGAGAGGGCCUCUGCAAUGAGCGUUCAGGACUACGCUUCCUGGGAGAAAAUAUUUACAAAAGAGAUGGGAGGAUGCAAGGAGAGUGUCAAGAACAUGAAUACGAAGGAUGGAAGGGGAAAGAAGAGGGAGGAUCAGGAAACAGCAAACUGUCAGGAAGCGAGAAGAAACUCACAACUGAAUCACGAGAGCUCUGUUGCUGCUUCAAGCACGGAUGGUGCAACUGGCCUCGCGCCAUGGCAAGACGGGGUUCUGGAGAGGUUAGGCAGAGAAGUAAACAUUGCAGAAUACAACAUGUAUCUGGUGCACCAUGGAGCCAUGUUGAUUAACUUCGGCCAACUUGCAGCCUGCACCCCAAAAGAGAAGGAUUUUGUUUAUGGGAGUUUGGAGCCCAUCGAGGUUCGAACCGUCCGCACGUUCAACGUUCCGACCAGCUACAGAGCCAAGCGCAUUUCCCUGAAAGACCCAGCAAACAAAGGCAAGUCCGAACACAAGAGCGUGGACACUGGAGACUUGGACUUAUUAGUUCCCGUGCUCCCAAAGAGCGACGAGGUUAGUGCCACACUCCUGUGCUCCCUGGAGAAGGAACUCAAAGGACAUUUAAUCUCAGAGAGCACGAGCGUAGACGCUAUUUAUGUAGACGUAGGAACACAAACGUACGACUUUAGCUCGGCUCCCUUUGACUCAGACGCGUCCCUCGCCGACGUCAUUGCCGACAAACCCCCGUGUCUUUACAUGCACAUCGAAGCAGAAUCUGUCACGAGAAGACACAACAGGACAAGCUCUGCCUUCAGCUACAUGUGUGGCCACUUCUUUCGCCGCGACGAGUACCGCUCUCAUUUCAAGAAUGUGCACUCUGACAUACAGGCCUCGCUUAGCGGCUGGCUGCAACAACGCUGCCCCUUAGCAUACCUCGGCUGUACUUUCACCCAGACAAGGCUGCAGCCUGCGAGGCACCCAGCGGCAAUUAAGUUCUGCCCACAUGUCAGCACCUUUGUCCUCCAGCCACAAGUGCCCUCGUCCACCUGCGAAGGCGGGAAAGCCUCGAGCCCCCGGAGAAAAGGUGCAUGUAAUCUGGAUCCACUGGGCGCGCUGCCCGUGGAGAUUCUCCAGCAUAUUGCCGCUUACCUGGACAGUUUCACAUUAUCUCAGCUGUCACAGGUCUCCCAUCUGAUGAGGGAUCUGUGUGCCACUCUGUUGCAAGAGAGAGGGAUGGUGUCUCUCAAGUGGAAGAAGAAGACGUACUCCCACGGGGGAAGCUCCUGGAAAUGUCGAAAGAAAGUUUGGGAGUUCAGCUCUUUGUUCUCCUCUGUGGACAGAUGGAGCCUCGGCAACACUCCCUCCAUGUCAGAACACCUGAAAUGCUGCUCCUUCUACCAGAGGGAGGAGCGCACUGAGCCGGUGGUGUUACCCUGCCUGGGAGAGGUCAGAGACAAACACGGAGCAGUGAGGCAGAAGAGAUAAUGCACACAGCUCAGUGGGCGAGAAACCAACCACUCUGAUGUGAUACUGUAUGAAAGUUGAUGUAAAGCCUCCACAUACAGUUAUCCAGCUGCUGAUGGAAACAGAUGAGAGUUUAGAGCUGUGUUUGCACUGAAGCCCCUGCAGGCACAUGACGCAUGUGUGCAGAUUUUUAUUGUGGCAUGAAAUGCAAUUAUAAUAUUAUGUGAUGUUCACGUCCUCGACUGCUCCGUAAGAUCUUCACAAAUUAUUUUCCCCCCUGCAAUGAGAAAGAAUGUUUCAAGAAUGAUGUGUUGAUGUGGAGUUUAUUAAGACAAUUCUAUUUAGAUUUUCCCUUAAGGAGUUUAAAAUUAGAGCUGUGUGUGUGUGUCAUGUGUUGUUAUUUCCACUUUAUUUCAGUCUUGUGUGAGAGAUCACUCAAGAACAACAGAUGUUGUUCAUGUUGACUGUUUUCCAGUGUGGUUAGACUGCCAUCUGCUGGACAAAAGCUAUAGUGUCUCACUCACCGGUAUGGAAUGGCGUCACGCCAUAAAACAAGCCUGAUAUUUGGAUGCUGAGCAUGUCACAUGUCCCACAUGUCGUGGGUGAUUUAAUACAGCGGCGUGAGACUGUAACAGCUCUGUUUCUGAUUUAGACUCUGUGAUGUGAGUGCGUGUCAUUGACAUU